ACACUAUAGCGCAUGCAGCUAGCUAGCACUAGUGCAGCAGAUAAUUUGCACAUUUUGUCGAGCUACGGACAUGACAGAUCGGGGCUGAAUUUCUACACACAAAUCCUUCAAAAUUUGGACUCUUCUGGAUUUUAUGCAUCAUUUACGGUCUCUACGAAAGGAUACUGAUUGUAAUAUUACAUCAUGCGAGGCUUGUCAGGUGCUUUGAGCUGAGAUUUUCAGUGAGUUUUGAUUGCACAGCCCUUUUGGAUGCUUCAGGCUAAAACUUGGAACGGACAAGACGCCACAACGCUAGCAGCCGAAUCUUAUGUCCAGUUUGUAAUAACCGGCUUUGGAGUCCAUCAUGAGUGGAGUAGAGAAACCACCUGAUUUACCUGGCAUUGGGGAACCCGUCAUGCACUAUGAGGGAUACCUGGAAAUUAAAGGGCCCAAGGACAAGGAUUAUGCAAGACAGUGGGUGGUGCUUAUAGACAACAAAAUGGUGGUAUUCAAUCAGAGAGUAACACAGCGAGAAUUCAGCACGUCUCAGCCAUUAGAUUCAUUGAACAUUGACAGAAACUGCAACUUCACACCAGACAACAAAGAGAAGACCAAACUCGGCAUGAAAUGCAAAGCAGGACAGUACAAAUUCAAGACGAACACACCAGAUGACAGGGAUAAUUGGUGGAUUCGAUUCCAUGCGAUAUCCAAGCUGGAGCUGCCCAAAAUCCACCUGUUGCCAGGCCAAACCAUCGCCCUCGAGGAGAUCAUUGAGAGAAUGAAGAAAAUCGUACCUCAUCAUGAGCCACCCGGCAAGUCCCCCAUGGCCAAGUCUCCUAAGCAGAAGACGUUUGUCAAGCAGCCGUCAGGAGAGAAGAGAGAGACUCCGGAGGAUAUCAAUAAGAAAUUCCACUUCUACCCUGAGGAUCUGGUGCAAGGAUUUCGAGAUGAUUUCCCCAUACCUCCAACAUGGUACUUUGAGGUCACACGGGCUGAAGCUCAAGAGCUUCUAUUGAACAAUCCCGAGCAUGGAUCUAUCAUCGUACGAAAGAGUGAAUCUCACUCGGGCGGCUUCUCUCUGUCCAUGAGGCAGGAUCCGCCGCCUAACAACCCUCAGGCCAUGCCCACCAUCAAGCACUACAAGUUCCAGUGGGAUAAUAAGGCGGUAUCAUUUAAGAUGAGCAUCGAGGAAGAGCAGCAGCCACAAAUGAAAACGAUGUACGAUUUGUUGGCAUUCUUCAUCGAGAAACACGGCGGCAAUAUCCGACCCAUGACGACACGGGAUCUCAAGACACCUCAACAUCCCUACGAGCUGGGACUCAGUUUUGCUGUGAAGGAUCCAGAAAAUGGCGAAGCAAACAAGCAGCCGCCGCAAGACACGUAUCUCAUGCCCAAUAGAGUAGCCCCCACUGUUCCCUCCAAGGCGCGCCCGGACCGACAGUCUCUCCCAGCAUCCUUCAAUAUGGCGAUACCUAAUUUACCGCAAGGUGCAACGGCAUCGGCAGCAAGUCCCAACAACAGACUCAGUCUAGCGACCUCUGAAACUACUAGUUCGUCUAAUCCCUCACAGUAUGUGGUGCCCAAUCACAAUCGGUCGAUGUAUAUUAACGUCGGCCGAGACAAACUCCCCGCAGUUAAUGAAGAGACUGACCAGACUGAUGCUUAUAACACUCCAACUGGUCACAUGUUUGUCUUGCCCCGGCAACAAACUAGCCCAUUGUUACCCGUGGCAACGACAGAAAUGAGAAGCGAACAGGAGACCAGACGCAGAUCUAAGAUGUCACCAGCCAUCAUGGAUGAAACUGAUAGCUAUCUAGCCCCGACCCAACAUAAAUUUCUUCCAAAACCGGAACCGGGCAACGAGCCAUUGCCCCAAGCAACCAAACCCUCUUCCCACCACGCCUUAGCCAAAAAGCAUUUAGUAUUUAAGCCACCAAGCAAGACUCAGUCAGGGAGUCCCAUGGCACCCCCCACCAGUUACAUCCGUCCGGAAGGCAGGCCUAGAGGGAAAUCCUUCCCCACGCUGGCUGAAGGACAAAGCGGACCCAUGGACCUUGAACUCAACAAGAUCUUCAAAAAGUUUGGCAUCGACAGCGAAAAGUAGAUGAAGCAGCAGACAUCCCUAUCUGACUUCAAGAAUCUUUCUAAGGUGGCUUUAUGGUGACAGAUGCAAGGUUUAUCUAAUAAGAUUUUGGAUAUCAGUAUUGUGGUGUAUUUUGCCUAUGCAGAGAGGAGGCACUUGUCCUUAUUAUUUGGUAUCUCUGUGUAUAUUACCUGGACUUAAACUUGGCAAAUUGUGACUUACUGUAAUAGAUUCGGUCACAUUUAGGGUCGUCACUUUCAAUGUCACUUUCAUCACAAUCUAACGUUAUUCCUUUCAGAAAUGUCGGAGUCUUUCCAAGUUUUUUUUUAAUCAUUCCGCUCGAACAGCUAGUCUCAUUAAUAUUACUAGCUGAAGUGGUUUCAAAACUCUUUUUAGCUUAUCUGGGCAUUGUAUAUUUCGCAAAUUUGAUAGUUGCUGAAAAUGGUUUGUAUAUUUCUGUAUGUAGCUUGGCCAUGCAUGUUGUAUAUAGGGGCUUAUUGAUUAAAGUUGAGUGGGGUAGAUUGUACGGUAAAGGGUAAUGUUGACACAGUGCUUGAUUAUUGUUUCAACAUCAAAACAACAUUUAAUACAAAGUACAGAAGGGUUGUUUUUUGGUUUCAGAGGCUUUUUAAACAAUUUAUUAUUUUUGGGGAAAAAAACAGUUCUUGUUUUAAAGGGAAUGUACAACAUUUGCUUUUGCUGCAAUUUUCAGAAAUAAAUGGAUUUGGAGGAUUAGUAUGUACUUAUAGCAAAUAUUGUUAAAAUAACUUGUUUCACGAUUUGGGCUUGAAGACGCUGGAAAAGCCAAGAAAACCAAUCAUGUUCUUGUAGUCUGGUUCCCUGACCCCACUUAAGAUGAAAUGGACUGAUUUACAGACUUUUGGGAAUUGUAAGGUCAGAGAAUCAGUCUA